ACAGAGUGCAGAGUUCAGGAGUGGGCUGUGUACAGAGUGCAGAGUUCAGGAGUGGGCUGUGUACAGAGUGCAGAGUUCAGGAGUGGGCUGUGUACAGAGUGCAGAGUUCAGGAGUGGGCUGUGUACAGAGUGCAGAGUUCAGGAGUGGGCUGUGUACAGAGUGCAGAGUGUUCAGGAGUGGGCUGUGUACAGAGUGCAGAGUUCAGGAGUGGGCUGUGUACAGAGUGCAGAGUUCAGGAGUGGGCUGUGUACAGAGUGCAGAGUUCAGGAGUGGGCUGUGUACAGAGUGCAGAGUUCAGGAGUGGGCUGUGUACAGAGUGCAGAGUUCAGGAGUGGGCUGUGUACAAGUGCAGAGUUCAGGAGUGGGCUGUGUACAGAGUGCAGAGUUCAGGAGUGGGCUGUGUACAGAGUGCAGAGUUCAGGAGUGGGCUGUGUACAGAGUGCAGAGUUCAGGAGUGGGCUGUGUACAGAGUG